GACUUGCUCCUGAGGCCAAUAAAUUAGUAAGCAGCUUGAAAACAAUGCCAAUGCUGCAUGAUGAAGCAUAUGCUCAGGAAACAAAACUGAACAGCUUCCAUGAAUUUCCAGAUAACACACUGGUCCUCCCUGUCUCUAAGCAAAACAAAAGAAUCUUUUACACAAUCCUGGAGCUCUCACCGCUGCUUGAUUCUUCCAACAUGACGCCAGAUGACUGGGCGAAAAUUGCAAGAAAACUUGAGGAGCACUAUGAAAAGUACGAUGGUUUCGUGAUCCUUCAUGGCACUGAUACCAUGGCAUAUACAGCUUCAGCCUUAUCCUUCAUGUGCGAGAACCUGGGUAAAACUGUUGUUCUGACAGGAUCUCAGGUGCCCAUAUAUGAGUUGCAGAAUGACGGCCGAGCCAACCUUCUGGGGGCACUGCUGUUCGCUGGGCAGUUCGUGAUUCCUGAGGUGUGCCUGUAUUUUUAUAAUAAACUGUACAGGGGAAAUAGGGUGACUAAGGUGGAUGCUGGGAGUUUCAAUGCCUUUUCCUCACCUAACCUGCCUCCACUUGCAAAUGCUGAGGUUGAUAUUACAAUAAACUGGGAAACGGUCUGGAGAGCUAAUACCAAAAAGAAAUUUCGAGUUCACACCAAUAUGAACAGGAAUGUUGGGCUUCUGCGAAUCUUCCCAGGAAUCACUGCUGCUGCUGUAAAAGCAUUUCUUCAGCCUCCAAUUGAAGGCAUUGUACUUGAAACUUACGGAAGUGGCAAUGCCCCAAACAACCGAGAAGACUUGCUGGAAGAACUGAAGAAAGCAACUGAACGAAAAGUAGUGAUUCUAAACUGUACCCAGUGUUUACGAGGGUCUGUUAAGACAGUUUAUGCAACAGGGCAGACUCUUGCUGAUGCUGGAGUAAUUCCUGGAGGUGAUAUGACACCGGAGGCAGCCCUAACUAAACUAUCAUACACGCUCAGCAAAAGUAAGCUUAGCUGGGAGGAGAAAAGGCAGAUGCUGAGUGAGAAUCUAAGAGGAGAAAUGACUGUUGUACCCACAGGAGCCAAGAUCUCUCUGAGAGAUAGCAAGUUUAUUCAAGUGAUUGCCAAAUCUCUAAGUAUCAGCAGCAAAGAGGAGUUAGAAGCUGUAAGAGAUGCAUUAAUUCCGCCUUUGGCUUGUGCUGCAGCUAAACUGGGUGACAUAGAUGCACUAAGAGCCAUAGCAGAAAUGGGUGGGAACUUGAGCUGUGGAGACUAUGAUGGCCGAACUCCACUUCAUAUUGCAGCCUCUGAAGGGCAUUUACCAUUAGUUGAGUAUUUGUUGACAUCUGGCGCAACUGUUUAUGCUAGAGACAGAUACGGAUCUACCCCACUGAUGAAUGCGAUCAAGUUCAGGCACAUAGAAGUGAUUAAUUUGUUACGAGAAACAGGAGCGCACCUUUCAAGCCAUGACUUGGAGAACAUUGGAACAGUUCUCUGCAGCCUUACAGCUAAAGGCGAUGUGGAUGGGCUGUAUGCCUGGUACCUAGCUGGUGCGGACCUGAAGCAAACUGGUUAUGAUGGCAGGAAUCCCCUCCAAGUAGCCGAGGCUACAGGGCAUAAGGAGGUUCUUGACUUCUUUAGACAAAAGCAGUAA